AACAAGAGCCUGGCGAUGUAAACAAGAGUCAGCAGCAAACAUGGCGGGACUGGAGGGCAGUCGAGUGGGCUUCACAAAUCUUAAAAUUGAGGUUCCCAACGAUCUCCAGCCGGAAGAGGGUGAAUUAACAGAGGACGACGGAGAGACGAGAAUGGAAGAGGAUGAAUUAGAGGAAGGAGAAGCGUCUGAGGACGAGGUGGAAGUUAAUGUCAUUAUCGGGGAUGGCGACGCCGGCGGGGAAGGCCGCACAACUAAGGAACCCUUCCAGCCCCAGUAUGAUGAUGGUUUGAAACGGGUACGGAGAUUGGGUGUCACAAACCCUCCAAACCUUCACUUACUUGGCCACGAUGCUAAACAAAGUUGGCCGGAGAGGAGGUAUGAAAACAGGAGUGGUGGCGGCUUUGUUUCUGGCAUCUAUGAGGUUAGCACCAAGGUCUUGUCUGAGAGGGCUCGAAGAUUUGGAGUUUCAGAUACACCCAAGUCCGCCCCAACGCCAGAGGCUAUUGCAAAGCUGUAUAAAAGCUUGGAUGUCAUAGAUGAAGACUUCGCUCGAGGUCGUUAUCGGGCAGAUUCUCUAUUGAUGCGAGGCACAGAAGAUCUUGGUACCAAAGACAUAUUUGACUACUUUCAGUCUUAUGCCCCUGCAAGUAUCGAGUGGAUAAAUGACAACAGCUGCAAUGUCGUGUGGCCAGAUGCAGCUGGCCCAGUGCGUGCUUUGAUAGGACUCACCUGUCCAAUUCUACCUCGCGAAGCAGAUCUAAAAAAAAGUAGACAUACUAGUGCCUCUAAAAGCAGAAAUGGUCAAAAGAGACCAGAUACAAGUAAUAAGAAGAGUGAUGAUGGCAGAACACCUAAGAUUAAAAUAAAAAAAGAAAAGAAAGAUAAAUCUAAGAAAAAGAAAAAUAGUAAUAAGGAUGCUGAGAGUAGUAGUAGUUCAAGUAGCAAUAGUAGUAGUAGUGAGAGUGAUGAGGAAAGCUCUUCGUCAGACUCUUCAAGUAGCAGUAGUAGUGGUAAUAGUACUGAUAGCAACAGUAGUAGUAGCAGCAGCAGUAGUAGCAGCAGUAGUGAUAGUAAUUCAUCUGAAAAUGAAACAGAGAAUAUUAAAGAAAAGACAAGAAAGAAGAAGAAAAAAGUGAAAGUUAAAGUUGAAAAUAUGGAUCAAGAUAUAGUGGAACCAGAAAAAGUUGUCGAAGAAGAGGUGAGUGUUCGUGCAGAAGAUGUAGCCAUCCCAGUACCUCCAGGACGCUGGAGACUAGGAGUUCCGUGUUCACGUACUAAAGCACUACUUUUGCGCUUCUCAAGUUAUAAAGAUAUAAAAGAGGGUGGUGCCGAGAGAAAGUCAGAAUAUUACCGCAAGUAUGGCAAUCCUAACUUUGGAGUGCGUACUUGUGAGCGGAACAGCCAGGAAUCCAACCAACUUCAUCUUUCCAUUUUACCUCUGGCACGACCGGGUCAUAUAACAGGCAUUAAAGGACUCCUAAGUGAAAGUGGCAGAAAACGGAUGCGUGAUGCAAGACGAAGAAGAGAGCUUGACGAAGGCUGGAGAUAUGAAAGAACUGAAAAUAAAAUUGAGGAAGGUCCUAAGAACCCUUGGGGAGCACUUGCAUUAAACUGGGGACGGAAAGAGAGUCAGGAGGACGACCGAUUUGAUUAUCAAGCUCUGCUUCGGCAACAUCAAAAACGAGUACCUGGUGUGAAGAGAAAGAGAACUUAUAGUGACUGUGAGGACGAAGACAUGGUCGACGGUGAGGAUAUUGACGAUGUGCGGCAUGGAAGUAAUGAUGACUACCGUGGCAGUGAUGACAGUGAUGAUAUUGUGCCAUGGAAGAGCAAAAUUAAGAUUCCCCGAAUGAAGAUGUAUGCUGAUGCCGAACAAAAGAAAAAGAAACAGCAAAAAUCUGGGGCUCUUUCGCAUCGUCUUUCUGGAAGUAGAACUCGAUCGGCUGGUGGAGUUCAAGACAGAUUGUCGUAUAUUAGUGCCCCAAGAAGUCAAAGUAUCAGGAGUAGGCUUGAUUUACGCUCAAAAUUGUCAAGCAAGAGAAAAACAGGACCAAUGUCAGUUGAAGUAGAUAAUGAUCAAUAUUAUAGUCUAAUUGCUAGUGAUGAUGAAUAGGGGCUCAUUUCCAUUUACACAAUACAAAAUUUACAGAAUAUAUAACAAAUCAAAGACAGAUACAUUUUGAAUAAUAUUUUGUAUAUUAUAUUUUAAACAACUUUGAAAAUAUUGUUUCACAGUACAGUAGUAUUUAAAAAUUUUCAAGCCAGGGAUUAAAAAAAUAUUUAUUUAACUGAUACUCUCUCUUUUUUGUAAUUAAUGUUGGGCAUAUAAAUUUAAAUUGAUGUGUAACAGCAUUCUAUGCUCUCUUUGGGAGGGGGGGGGGGGGGGGAAGCGAGAGAGAGAGAAUUGUUUUAACAAUAUUUUGAAAGUGUACAUAGAACUCUUGAACUAAUAAUGGAAAGAACAUAUACUUAAUAAUUGGACAUUAGAACUAAGACAUAAUUGUGCCAAAUAUUGAAUUAAACCAUGAAGUGACUGGCUCUUUUUGUUAGUAAAUAUUUACACGUUAUUUUGGUAUUGGCAGCUUCUGGCCUUGUUAUUCAUUGGCUAGAGAAGCUUGUGACAUCAGCAGUAUCAUGUCUUAAAACAUUAUAAUUUAUAUACAGUAUUUGAUAAAAAAUUAGAAUUUUUGAAUUGGAAAUAGAAAGCAAAAGUAUGCAUUUGAUGAAUAUUAAGGCUUAAACACUUUAAAUAACACCAUAAUUACCGAGGAAAACUAUUUUUAUCCAUGUUUAAAUUUUGAUUUAAGAUUCUUCGUCUUAAGACACAGUUAAUUUAUUUUGGGACAUUUGACAUAUAUUCUGACCUUUAUCUUUACAAAAAUAAAGCCAUCAUUGUAAUAAGACAUUAUUACAUGACAUGCAAACAAUGUUGUAUAUAUUAAAUGGGUUGCACUUUUUGUAAAUUCCUAAUUAAAUAGCCAGAGUGCAUUAGAUAAGUGGGAAAAGGUUGUGGUGUGCAUGUGUUAGGCUCAUGGCAAGCCUUGAUGUAAGCGAGGAGGCUCGUGGCAAGCCUUGAUGUAAGCGAGGAGGCUCAUGGCAAGCCUUGAUGUAAACGAGGAGGCUCGUAGCAAGCCUUGAUGUAAAUGAGGAGGCUCAUGGCAAGCCUUGAUGUAAGCGAGGAGGCUCAUGGCAAGCCUUGAUGUAAACGAGGAGGCUCAUGGCAAGCCUUGAUGUAAGCGAGGAGGCUCAUGGCAAGCCUUGAUGUAAAUGAGGAGGCUCAUGGCAAGCCUUGAUGUAAGCGAGGAGGCUCAUGGCAAGCCUUGAUGUAAACGAGGAGGCUCAUGGCAAGCCUUGAUGUAAGCGAGGAGGCUCGUGGCAAGCCUUGAUGUAAGCGAGGAGGCUCAUGGCAAGCCUUGAUGUAAACGAGGAGGCUCAUGGCAAGCCUUGAUGUAAGCGAGGAGGCUCAUGGCAAGCCUUGAUGUAAACGAGGAGGAUGCUUCAGUUAUAGCAAGUAUUAGAUGUAUGGAUAUGUGUGAAGGAAGUAGCUGUUACUUUGUGUAGCAGAUGAAGUUGACCAGAAUCUGGUUUCAUGCUAAUUCCAUUGGACUCUGAUUUAAGAGUUAUUAUAGUGGGACACAAGCUUAUUUGUUUUAGCUCUAGUACUGUGGUUAAUUAUCAAAUCCAAUGCAUAAGAUUUUGUUCACUGCACACCCAGUACAUAUGUGUGUUAAUAUUUGCCUUGUUUUUUGCUGUGACCCCAUGAUAUUACAAAUUUGUUAACAUUUGUAUUUAUUGUGCUUUUGUUACCUAUUGGUAAAGAUGUACCUUAUAAUUGAUUAUUAUUCCUGUAAAUACUGACUGGAGGAAAAGUGAUAUUGGACUUAAAUUUCUUCUUCUCAUUUCUACAAAAUAUUCCCUACUUCUUUGUCAGAGCACAUGCAAGGUUCCCUGUGGUCAGUCAUGAAACCUAACGUAUCGUUGACCUUACACGCAUUGAUACAUUUAACAUUUCUUCGUGUUACUAUGGUAUUGCAAAUUUAAAUGCUAUGCACCCUUUGCUUACACAAGGAUAUAAUGAUAUCAAGAAUAAAGGAAGGAUAUAAUGAUAUCAAGAAUAAAUGGAAAGAUCUUGGUAGCAGGGAGAGAAGCCCAGUUGUAUUCAAUAUAUUUUUCAACUUUUUUCAUGAUGGAUCAUAUAACAUCUUAUAACACUGAUUUUUUAAUUUGAUUUAAACUAUUAUAUCAUUUAAAUGUUUAGUAAUUAUCAGAAUUAAAUUAUAUAUACAAUGAUCCCUUAUAUAAUGUGCAUUUAUACUGUAUGUUUCUGCCAUAAUGCAGUCCUCAUCUAGUGACUAAUAAUUUAAAUUGUGCACACUAUUAUGAUAUAACACAUGGCAUUCUCAUCUUGCAUUGUGUACACUAUUAUGAUGUAACACACACAACAUUCUCAUCUUGCACUCCUGCAGAGAUAACUUUGAUCUGGCUCCCUCCUAACAUCCACCAACUCUUGCACCACACACACUCACAUUUCACCUUGGCUUCUGAGAGAAAGGCAAGGUAGUUAUCGGGAGAAAGCACUAAACCAUUACGACUAUAUAGCGCCUACGAGCUGAGCAUUCCACUUUAAUUGAUUUUUCAGGCAUUUUUAUUUACAGAAAUCUUAGCAGAUAUAUGGAUAUAGAUAUAUGCAGAUAUAUCUGCAUCAUUGACUAGAGUAGUAGUCAAACACUGAUUGUCAUAUCCUUCAAGCUGACCUGGACAAAAUAAGUAAAUGGAGCAACACUUGGCAGAUGGAAUUUAAUGUGAAUAAAUGCAACAAUAUGAAAUGUGGAAUAGGAGAAAGUAUAAUAAAAUAAAUAUGAUCAAAUUAGGAAGUAAAUUUUUACAAACAGUGGUUUUAACAAGUUAAGUUAGGUGGUGGUGGAUGCCAAAACUGUUGGUAGUUUCUAAGUCAUAUAUGACAGCACUGGGAAGAUGGGAUACCACAAGCAUAGCUCUCAUCCUGUAACUACACUUGGGUAAUUACAUGCAGCUCUCCCUACCAAUUUCUUCACAUAUACACACACAACUUUCCUAAUACACACAUAUGCAUCAUGAAGUGGUUAAAAUUCAGCACUGGUUGUUUCUUAUCUCUUGCAGAUAUGAAAGUCAAAUUUUGACUUUCAUAUCUGCCAGAAAUUGGGUUCCAGCCAUAUUGAAAUUACCUUAUUACAGCAAACUUCCAAAAUGAUGUACAUCAGGUCAUUUAAUGAUCUGUCCUGGACCAUUAUAAAGUCGUGUAAUUGAAAAGGAAUGGAAGAGACAGACAAUUUAAAGGUAUAAAAGAUAUAGUUUGUGGAUCUUUUCUGAUAUUUGAAGACAUGAUAAUGAGGGAAAUCGAAGACUUCAUAUAGUGUGUUGGGUUCAUGUACUUAUUGGUUGUUUUCUGGAUAUCAGAGGGAUGAAAGACUACAACUUGUGUCAUUGUGCAGGAGAGAGAGAACUGGCUAUGAACCUUGCCUGAUGAUCAGGAAGCGAGGAAAGAGGGAAUAAGAAGGGCCUAUCUUGCCUGUACCAGGGUAGUCUUUUAUGCCCUUUUUUAAAUGCCUGUAUCAUUACUUUUUUUAUGUCUGUUUUCUUUCUUAAAUAUAGAAGAGAAGCAGGGAACCUAUUAAACCACUCUUAACCCUCCCUAGGCUGUUUUACAAAUUAUGUUAGAUGUGUACAGUUCCUAACCUUCCUAGUUUGUCCUCAAGGUAAAUAUUUGGAAAAACAGGCCUAGUAGGCCACAAUGUAUUGAAUCAAUUGCAAAAUAUUUCUAAUUAAUACAGGGAACCUCCUUACAGGAUAGGUUUGGUUACUCAAAGUGGACACUUUAGAAACAGGUCUCCAUAGACCACUGUAUUGAAGCAUUUGGUGAUUAUUCGAGCAAACAUGAAAAUGAAUUAAACCAAUCAAAGCCUUCUUAGAAGAAGCAUUUUGUUCCUCAAGGUAGAUAUGAUAGGAGCAGGCCUCCUUAGCUCACAAUCUAUUCAAAACAUUGGUGAGUAUUCAAAUAAUUAUGAAAAACAAAACCAUUCCUAUUCUUUAUCCUUCCCGUCUAACCUUUCCUACACUUACCUGAUUCUCUUAAUUCUUACCGUCAUGUUUCUCUUAUCUUCAUCUUGCUCUUACCUUAAAUUAACUUUCUUAAACUUUUUCAGUUACACAACUUGAUCCAGAAUAGACUAAAAUGUCAUCGAUUCUUCAUUUUGUGGGUUAGGUGUCAACUCUUCAGCCAUGUUAUUGUGACUCAUCCUCUGCUAAUAACAUGUUGUUUAAUGAAGCUAGGUUCCAACUCCUGCACUACAUUAAAACAUAAAUAUAAAAACCAGGAAUCACAAAAUGUAGUGACACUAGUACUCUAUAGUGUGGAAUAUUGUUGCACAAUAAUCAUCAUUCUAAGUUGGAGAAAUUGCUGACUUGGAGAACAUGCAAAGAUCUUUUACUGCUAGAAUCCACUCGAUGAAACAUCUUAAUUAUUGUGACUUGUAAUCUUUAUUACCUGAAGUGCAGGCAGGAGAGAUGCAUAAUAAUUUAUGCCUGAAUUUUUUUUAGAGGGACUGUUCUCAGAUCUGCACACAUAAAUAACAUGAGACCAGAAGGAAUGGUAUGAAGUGCAAACUAGCCCCAUUGAAAAUCAGAGCUACAAUAGUUACGCUGAGUGAUCUCUAUCAACAUCAAAGGCCCCGAGAUGUCCCCCCCCCCACCUCUCACACACUAAAUAAAAGGGACAAUAGUUUUUGAUUAACAUCUUACAGUGCUCAAAAAAAGAACUUCAUAAACACCUCCAAAAGAUACUUUAUAAACCAGGCUGUGAUUCGGACAGCGAGCAGCUGUAGUCAAGAACCUAGUUGACUAGAUUAGCUAGGAGGCCUGCCUGGACACUCACUCAAUGGAGCAACAUCUUGCUCAUUUUUGUCCAAACUGCAUUGUCCCAUUUACAGUCAUGCACCUUGUAGAAAAUCCCAAUUUUUGGUUCAUCACGUCUUGCUCUCUCGUUAUCCCUUGGUAAAAAUCUUUGAUGAAUCAGAUACUUUCCAUAUCGCUUGCCUUAUGCCCUUUUGUUCAUGUAUUGGCAUCCUGAAUGAUAUUUAGUGCCUUUUGAAUUUCCAGUGACAAGCAAUGCUUUACAGUCUUCCUGGCUUGGUUCCUUCUUUUGGUAAUUAUGGUAAUUAUUUACCACCCCUAAACUCCCAUCCUCCCCCCACACAUACUGAAGAAAUACUGUAUACAGUCAAUUGUUCUUUUAAUUUUUUUCUUUGCUGAUGCAGAGUAUAGAUAAGUCUCAAGUAACAUGCCAAUACAUUUUUGUUAAGCCCAGUAGUGUCCUUGUAUUUAUUUUUUUUUAAUUUAUUAAGAGCAGAAUAAAGCCACAAGUGAAAGGUGAGAGCUACCAAUGCCUUAGUAUUUGUUGAUAAUAAGUACCCAGUACAAUAACCUUGGUUUAGAACAAAUAUUUUGUCAUUUAGACAUUGUAGUUAGGUGGUGAUCAUUUUACAAUCUGAAAAGCAUUAUUGUAUGAAAUCAAAAGUUAUCUGGCAAUUAUUUAAGUAUUUUUAUCAGGUACAUUCUUUGACAGUUAUUUUUAUUGCUAAACUACUGUUAAGGUAACAUACCUGUAUAAAAAUAAUCCUGUAAAGAAAUUUAAAACAAAAAAUAGUAAAAUUAAAUUAAAAAAAAAUACUGCUACAUGUAUAUUGAACUUUUAGGUGAGAUCAGUUGAAUGUGUGAAAAUUUAUACAUGGCACUUACUUUUAUACAAAUAUAUGAUGACAAAAAAAAAAAAAGGAUAAAGAGAAGUAUGACUACUUAAACAUAGAAAGGUGAAAACGUGCAAACACUCAUAUUACUAAGUUUAUUGUAAAUUGGUUAAAAAAUAAAAAAUGCAUUUA